CGUCAACGCGCCUCAGGCCCGCAAAGACGCAGACACGCGACUGCGGCUCACGAGUGAGUGUAGAACCGUUUGCGUUCAGGUAAUCUGCAGCCAAACACGCCUGCUUUCGGUCAUCUAGGCACCUGGUAUCGGGAAGCCGUAUUUUCUGCCUGACGCAUUGGUGGGCUUUUUUUUCUCCAGUAGCACGCGAUUCAUCCUGUCCUCUCGGCGGCCAACAUCUGCUCUCGUCUACCUGGUAUCUACCUACCUAUGAACAAUCUCCUAGGCCUCAUUUCAUAUAUACGCCGAAAAUAACAAUCCAGAAGUAUCAGCAACCUGCGACAAAAUGGAGAACUCCCUGAGGCGCCACUUCUUCCACCACGGUGGCCAAGAUCCCGCAGUCACAAACAGGUCCCGGGAGGUCCGAAAGUGCCACUGGUGUCAGCUGCGCUCUUUCGAGAAGCACGCUCUGUACCCCAUCUCGAUAGUCAAUGACACCGAUGACCUUCAGACGCUUCCGCAGAAGUUCAAGUUCAUUUCCGAGAACCACCUGGGGCCAGGCGUCUCGCGCGCAGAGGCUAGCUUCCGCAGCGGUUGCGAGUGCGCCAACCCCCAGGACUGCAUGAAAGGAGGUUGCCAGUGCCUCGAAGAGGUCGACGAUGAGGUCAGUGACAGCGAUGACUACGAGGACGGCAAAGGCUCCGGCGCGUCGGAAAAGACGCUCUUUUCCUACUACUCCACCGGGCCCAAGGCCGGCCUUCUCAAGAAGAGUCGGCUGCAGAGCAGGCAGCCGAUUUAUGAGUGCCACGAGGGCUGCAGCUGCGGGCCAGACUGUCCCAACCGCGUGGUUGAGAGGGGCCGGAUGGUGCCGCUGCAGAUUUUCCGCACCGAUGACAGAGGCUGGGGCGUCCGCUCAGUUAUCGACAUCAAGUGCGGCCAGUUUGUGGACACGUACCUCGGCGAGGUCAUCACGUCCGAUGAAGCCGACCGUCGUCGUAACGAGGCCACAAACGCCCGGAAGAAGGACAUAUAUCUAUUCGGACUAGACAAGUUCAUCGACGAGAACUCUCCAGAUCCGCGGCUGACAGGGCCGCCUCUCGAGGUUGAUGGUGAGGACAUGAGCGGCCCAUCCCGGUUUAUCAACCACAGUUGCGACCCCAACAUGCGCAUAUUUGCGCGUGUGGGUGAUCACGCGGACAAGCACAUGCACGACCUGGCUCUGUUUGCAAUACGCGACAUCCCCAAAGGGGAAGAGCUGACAUUUGAUUACGUUGACGGUGUUGACAUUGAUAAGGCGUCCAAGACGGACGGCCACACAAAGUGUCUGUGCGGAUCUAACAAGUGUAGGGGCUGGCUUUGGUAAUAAAGGACAAGGGCAUGUGGUGGUUAGCAUGCUAGCAGGCCAGUCGAGCCAGUUGUCGAGAACGCAAGCUGUGUUUUCAUCCUGACAAGACACUGGCAAGUAAGCCAACAGCGCAGCUUGCAACAAUAAUUACGCCCGUUCUAGUUGGUGCUCAUGCAGCUACUGGUCAGAAAUAUCUUUGUAUCAGUGGAACUCCGUUGUUGAAAGUUGUGACUUUGUUAAUAUCUUUUGAAACGACUUUGUUUAGAGAUUGCUGCCUAUUCUUCUUCCUCAGGCCAAAGUCUCAUCGUUCUAGGAAGCAGGGGGGCUGGUCACUAACCGAAAC